AUGCGUCCAGUUUCCGUCAGUCUCCGUGGGGACAGCCGACGUCGGAGUUUUCGGGGAUAACGCUGGAGCGUUGAGUUAAGAGUUUGCAAGUUGUGUGAGUGAUUAAGUUAUCCGCAAAUUAGCUUCGCUCGGGUGGAAAAGCCAACGAAACAGGCUGCGCUAACCCAAACGCAACGCGAUGGCCAAGGUGCAAGUGUUGAAUGUUGCAGUACUGGACAAUCCAAGCCCCUUUGGCAACCCGUUUCAGUUUGAGAUAACGUUUGAGUGCAUGGAGGAUUUGCCAGAAGAUCUGGAGUGGAAGAUCAUAUAUGUGGGUUCAGCUGAAAGUGAGCAAUAUGACCAGACUCUAGACUCUGUUUUGGUUGGCCCGGUACCAGCAGGCAGACACAUGUUUGUUUUCCAAGCAGAUGCUCCUACCACUGGGCUGAUCCCGGAGAGUGAUGCUGUAGGGGUGACUGUUGUUCUUAUAACCUGCACCUACCGUGGACAAGAAUUCAUCCGCAUAGGUUACUAUGUCAACAAUGAAUACACAGACCCAGAGCUGCGAGAGAACCCACCACUCAAACCAGACUACACUCAGCUUCAGAGGAAUAUUUUGGCCUCCAACCCUCGGGUCACCCGUUUCCAUAUCAACUGGGACGGCUCUGCUGAUAAGAUGGAGGACAGUGAGAACGUUGACCCUGCUCCUAACACCUGUGGUAUGCUCCCGCCAUCCAUCGUACCCGGAAAGGUUCCACCCCUCGGACCAAUGCUGGACAACUCCAUGGACUGCAUGUGACCUAUAAGAAGAGUCAGAAAAACUUGCGUUAUACAGUACUUCUCAUCAGUGUUGUGGAAGAUUGACCCUGACCAGCACAGUAUGGGGCAUUUCAGAGAAGGCGUAGCCCUGAAUGCAGUUGAAUCCUGAAUGAAUGAAUCCUGGAAGCAGUCAAUUAAUUUGUUACCAGGUUUUAACUUUAAGAGUUUAACAAAUCUUUUAUUUUUCACCUGCACUUUUCUCAGUAGGAUGCCAUUCUUUGAAAUAUAUAUUUGCAUCACGAAUGGUCUGGACUUCAAUUAAUCACACAACUUCUGUCUGCACUGGCCUGAGUUGAAUUCGAACUGUGUGAGUGACAAAGGAGAGGGAAUGUCUGUCGUAACAGCUCAAUCACUUAAGCUCAAUGUAAAUAGUGUCUUUGCUCUUAUUUUGUCUUCAUGUUUUCCUUUGGUAUCUUCUUUGUGUAUACUCUGCCUCAGUAUAUUUGUAUAUGAAAUU